AUGACGAAGAUUCAUUACACCAAGAAUCCUGAUAAUAGCACGAAAUCGUGCAAAGCCCGUGGAUCGGAUCUCCGUGUUCAUUUCAAGAACACCCACGAGACAGCUAUGGCUCUCCGCAACAUGCCUCUGAGACGUGCUCAACGUUACUUGGAGAAUGUCAAAGAGCAGAGGGAGAUUGUUCCUUUCCUGCGUUUCAAUGGUGGUAAUCCUCCGGGUGCCAUGACGAAGAUUCAUUACACCAAGAAUCCUGAUAAUAGCACGAAAUCGUGCAAAGCCCGUGGAUCGGAUCUCCGUGUUCAUUUCAAGAACACCCACGAGACAGCUAUGGCUCUCCGCAACAUGCCUCUGAGACGUGCUCAACGUUACUUGGAGAAUGUCAAAGAGCAGAGGGAGAUUGUUCCUUUCCUGCGUUUCAAUGGUGGUGUUGGACGAAAGGCCCAAUGCAAGCAGUGGAAUACCACACAGGGUCGUUGGCCGAAGAAAUCAGCCGAAUUCCUUCUUGACCUGCUUAAGUGA